AAUACGAAGAAGAAUCUUUACCCGGCAGGCAUUGCGGCGCGGCGAUUUGCAAUUCCCUCUACGCUUCUUCCUGUCUAUUUCUCGCCAGGAAGCAUCGUUUCCAAACAUGUUUUUGUACGCCGGAACAUUUAAAAAAACCUUUUGUGUCUAUGGCGACUCCGGCAUCGAAUGACAGGAUGAACAGCCCCACCAGCACACCCAAACCCACCGACCUCUUUCACACUUUAUGGAAACAACUUGGGGAGUGCCAUGAAAAAACACUGCAGGAACUGGAGGAGAAAGUAAGCAAGUUGAAAAAAGAUCGGUGCUUAGACGCACAGAGACUUGAGGUGUUUUACACUCGUAACCAGGAGCUGAAGGAGCAGACCAAAACUCUGCAGGAUGCCAUCGGUCUUUUAGAGGACAGACUCCGAACGGGAGAAUGUGAUCGCUGUUUAAUCUUGGAGGGUAACCUAAAGAGUAGUCAAGAGCAAAAUGAGCGGCUUAUCACCAAGAUGAAGCAUGAAAAUAAAUGUCUUGAAGAUGAAAAUCGUAAACUGUACACUGAGCUGGAAAAGUUUAAGAAUUGCUCCGAUCCCCAGGAACAGGAAGAUGGCAUCAUCCCAGACUCACCGGUUCUGGCCAGCUCGCUUCCUUUGGCCAACAAACUGAGGAAACGUAAAACCGGUGAGAAGAGAAGACAUGUUCGCUACGCAGAAGAGCCUUCAUUCAAGUUAAAGUCACUUUUCAAAGAUCCAACAAACGAAUUGGUUGGUGGUCCAAAAAAUGCCAAAAGAACAGACAUACUUGUUCCUGACACGUGUGAAAUGGAAACAUCCCACAUUGCAGGAGAGGAAGAGAACGGGGGAGAAGUGAUAGCAGAAACUUGUGUCCUUGAACUUGUCAACACACGUCACCUGAAAACUGUGGAAGCCGCAGGACAGCAAAAUGUCCCAAAAUCUUCUCUGUUGACAGGUGUUCACCUGAAGCCUCGUCGCAUCUCCCCGUCAUCGACAUCCGUCCAAAGUCCAGACUCCACCACGGACAAGUCUUCAACUCUUUCCCCUCCCGGUAAAAAGUUGACCAUCGCCGACUUUACCUGCAAAGAGAAACAGAAAAAGGAAGAUGGUGAACCAAAGGGGCGAAUACCCAAAGUGGAGCAGAAGAAACAAACCUGCAGAUCUGUUCACACUCAAAGCUUCAAGCAGCCACCUGACAGCAAGGUUCAAAGUGUUGACUGUGGGAGUCCAGCUUUCAAGAAGCCUAACUCCAGACUGCUGGACCAGAGACGAAACCACCUUCAUGGCCACCGUUCUUCACACAGACAAGAGAAGACGCACACGGUGGAGAACAUGUGGAGCAUAGACCCUGCGCUCAACUUUUCAAUGUAUGACAGUGAGCGGGGAGCCGUUGAGCAUGAAGAACACGGAGAACUGCCUGACAGUGACUGCACUUGGAUCAGUCACAGUUUGCUCCAAGGCCGACGUGCAAAUGACGAGGAAGAAGAACACAGUGUCUCCGGAAUCGGGGAGAAGGCCAACGACAGUCUGGAUGGAAUGUUUGACGCCACCGGCCAUGAGGAGUACAUAUCUUACAACAGCUCACAAGUUGCCAGUCAGCCAUGUGAGGCUAUGGAGCAAGAGGAGGACAAUGAAGAAGAAGAGUCUUCUGAAAACUACCCACAUAUGAACAAAGUAAAACAUCCGGCGUUUGCACAUGUGGCAGUGGUACGCAAGAAAGACGAGAGAAGAAAGCUGAAGGGCACCACCUGCAAAGAAUGUGAAGUUUAUUACGCCCAUCUCCCAGAGGAGGAGAAGCAGAAGAAGCUGUCCGAAUGCUCUCGGCACCGCUAUCGCUUUAUUCCGCCCAACACUCCGGAAAAUUUCUGGGAAGUCGGAUUCCCGUCGACUCAGACGUGCAUUGAAAGAGGUUAUAUAAAGGAGGAGAAGACCCCGUCGUCUCGUUUACGAAGAAAGCAACCUUUUGCUGCGUUUUUCUCCCCAAAGAAUAGCCAGAAGGACAGCUAACAAGUUAGUGUGUUCACCAAGGAGCUCAAUCAAGCUCUUUUUGUGCACUGACUCAAUGUACACACAGUACUUUUUUCACCUUUGCUCAUUUACUCUGCAUAUAAGAUUGAGACGUGCUCAAUAAAUAAAACUUAAGGGAAUUAAGUUUUCUGGUUGCUAAUUCAUAACUUGUAUCAUUAGGAAUAAGUAAAGGUGCAAAAUAGGCCACAUUUUAUUUUGUCGGUCGCUUAUUAAAGCACUGUUUAUAAUGUAAAAACAUAUGAAAAAUACACACUACUUUUUUCACCUUUGCUCAUUUAAGAUUGACACAUG